AUGCGCAACACUCGAAGUAACGCAGCGGCGGCUGCAAAGGCACCAAGAGAGGCGCGCGAUUCCCCGGCCAAGCCACAGAUGUCAAUCGAGCAAGAAACAGUAUCGCAGAGAUACCCAUUAGCUCGCCGCAACCCUCCGCUUGAGGCGGCUCAACGAGGGUCCAGUAUCUCAACCAACCCAGCGAGGCCUGACGAUGAAACUGAGUUUAUAGAUGAUGAUGACGAGUAUUUUCAACGUGACGAACCUGGCAGCCAACCGAAGGAGGUCGAGAUAUCGAGUGAACACUCCCGGUUGAGCCCAGAGCUCGAUCCUGAGAAAUUGAAGAAUCUUAAGAUCCUCGAGCCUCUGGUCCCAGAUUUGGCCAGGGCUGCUGAUAGUCUGUACAAAUUCUCGAAGCAGAAAUCAUUGGAUAAGGAGAGUUUUCAAGGAACCUUGGGCGUCAAGAGACACGCUUUCGAUAGCAUGCAAAACAGCUUUAAAAGGCUUGGGCAACCCUACAAGGGCGACUUCGUUGAAAUCACAAGCUUCAUGGGAUUAGGCUCUACACAACAACAAAGAUCUCUGGUUGGUCAGAUCGCCCGCGUCAAUACCGUUAUAGCCUACGACAGAAUCAACAAUAUUGGGGAUGACCAAGCGCCAGAAAUCUUCAAGUUUCUCAAAACUUUCAACGAGGCCUUCCCCGACUACUUUCUUCUGGCCCCUGAAAUGUUCCAAGAACCUGAAGUAAUUUUGGAUAUGCGGACCUGGCUACUCGUCGAAGCCCUUUCAGGUACCGACGGUCAAAGUAAUAUUGAAGAAGCGCUCGUUGAGAUAUUCUGUGAUCCUUACAAAAUAGGCAACCUCGCCAGCGUGGAGGAACAGUCCAACUACCCAGCGCUUUUGUCAGGGCACUACUUUCGAGAAGUUGGCGACAGUGGUCACGUCGACACUGAGGAACUCUGCUCAACACGCAUACUCGAAAUAAUCGAAGUCUUCAAAAAAAAAGGAAACCGCGAUGCAACCUCACAUCUAUUAGAGAAAUAUCCUCUUCGAGAGCUGCUCAGAAAUCUCAGCGACUGUUUUGACGCCAUGUACAAUAUCUCGGCUGACGAGGAGAGUGUUCCCGUCGACACCCAUCCACCAUACCCUGAUCACCAGGCUACCGUAGAGAGUGUUCCAGUUGGUACUCAGUCAUCGUACUCCGAUCAGCAGCCUAUUGUAGAGAGUCAAAGUGAUCCUUUCGGCUCUGACUCUCAGUCGAUCAUUCGCGCAGAAACUCAAGACGCAGAGUAA